AACGAUACAAUACCUAAGGUACCUACCUGUCUAACGUCUACAAUUACCUUUCGACAGCAAGAUUAGUCUACAGUCAGAAUGGAUUCAUCAGGAGGCGGAAAGAACCUUAGAGGUCUUUUCCCUGAACCUAUGAUUAUAUCACCUCAACUGGAGCAUCGUCAAACCUUUAUCAUCUUGCAUGGUCGAGGAUCCACCGCCGAGAAAUUCGGCCCUCCUCUCCUAUCCACUGCCACGACCGUAGGAAAAGAGACCCUCCAAACUGCAUUUCCUCACGCCAAAAUCAUCUUCCCCACAGCUUCUAGCAAUCGUGCUACGAUCUACAAGCGAUCGUAUACACAUCAAUGGUUUGACAAUUGGCACCUAGAGGACCGCACUAAACGACAAGAUCUACAGAGGGAGGGCUUACGUGCGAGCAGCGCUUAUAUUCAUUCUUUGCUACAAAAAGAGAUCGAAAUAGUAGGAAAAGAGAAUGUGGUUCUGUGGGGACUGAGUCAAGGCUGUGCAACGUCUUUAACCGCACUGUUAACAUGGGAUAGCGCGCCUUUUGCGGCGGUAGUAGGAAUGUGUGGAUGGCUACCAUUUGCGAAUCUGCUAGAGGAAAUAGCUGGAGGGAACGACUCCGAGUUUUCCAGUGACCCCUUCUCGGCAGGAGAUGAAGAUGACGACGAUAUCACGGGAUCUCUUUCUUCGAGCAGCAGUUACGGAGCAGCUAAAAAUGAUCUCCCAACGCAAGCCAUCAUGUUCUUAAGGGACGAGAUCGAGAUAGGGGGAAAGGGAGGGAUGGCGUUUCAGAAGAUCCCCGUGUUCUUGGGGCAUGGUACAGAGGACGAGAGGGUGACCAUAGAGCUAGGAAGAGAGGCCAAGGCUUGCUUAGAGCUAGUUGGGGCUGAUGUUCAGAUGGUCGAGUAUAGAGGCUGUGGCCAUUGGUACUCGGAAGAGAUGCUAAGUGACAUUUUUGAGUUCCUUCGGGAGAAGCUCAGAACUAAAGAAAUAGGAGUCUAGAAAGCU